AUGUGGCUGCUCUCUCUGGCCUUCACCCUUGUCUUGCUGGUGGUGUCGGGCGUCAUGUAUGAUAUGAAAGAAGUUUGUGUGGGGAGCCCUGGCAUUCCUGGCACACCUGGAUCCCAUGGCCUGCCAGGCAGAGAUGGGAGAGAUGGUAUCAAAGGAGACCCUGGACCUCCAGGCCCCAUGGGACCCCCUGGAGGAAUGCCAGGCCUCCCUGGGAGUGAUGGACCGAUUGGAGCCCCUGGUGUCACCGGAGAGCGUGGAGACAAGGGAGUGCCUGGAGAGAGGGGCCCCCCAGGGCUUCCAGGUUAUCUAGAUGAGGAGCUCCAAAGCACACUCCACAACUUCAGACGGCAAAUCCUGCAGCCAAUGGGAGUCCUCAGCCUGCAGGGCUCCAUGCUGGCAGUGGGAGAGAAGGUCUUCUCCACCAAUGGGCAGUCAGUCAAUUUUGACACCAGUAGAGAGUCAUGUGCCAGGGCAGGAGGUCAAAUUGCUGUCCCAAGGAGCCCAGAGGAGAACGCAGCCAUUGCAAGCAUUGUGAAGCAGCACAACACUUACGCCUACCUGGGCCUGGCCGAGGGCCCCACCACUGGAGAGUUCUACUACCUGGAUGGUGGUCCUGUGAACUACACUAACUGGUACUCGGGGGAGCCCAGGGGCCAGGGCAAGGAGAGGUGCGUGGAGAUGUACACAGAUGGGCAGUGGAACGACAAGAACUGCCUGCAGUACCGACUGACCAUCUGCGAGUUUUGA